UGGUGGGCUUCCAUACCUCCGCCUCCCGCUCGGAGCAGCUGUCAGAGCAGGGCUAACCGAGCAGGUAGCCGGCUAGCCCGCACCACUAACGGACUAAAAAAAGCUCGCCAUGGCAGGUGUACACCCGCAGGACGACCUGCUGAAGAUGACACACAGAGAAAACUGGAAGGUGCAGCAUGAGCGCCUGCAUGUGAAGCACAGGGGUCAUGAGGCCAUGCAUGCAGAGAUGGUGCUGAUCCUCAUCGCCACGCUGGUGGUGGCUCAGAUAGUCCUGGUGCAGUGGAAACAGAGGCACCACCGCUCCUACAAUCUGGUCACUCUGGUCCAGAUGUGGGUGGUCCCUCUGUACUUCACCAUUAAACUCUACUGGUGGAGGUUUCUGUCCAUGUGGGGCAUGUUUUCCGUCGUCACUAGUUACGUCAUCUUCCGAGCUACACGCAAACCGCUGUCCUGCAGAACGCCCAGGAUGGUCUAUAAGUGGUUCCUGUUGAUCUAUAAGCUGAGUUAUGCGGUGGGCGUCCUGGGAUACCUGGCCAUCAUGUUCACCAUGUUCGGCUUUAAUGUCUUCUUUAGGAUUAAGGCGGAGGACUCCAUGGAUGUAGGCGUCAUCAUGCUGUUCUAUGGUCUUUACUACGGCGUCAUGGGCAGAGACUUUGCAGAGAUUUGCUCCGACUACAUGGCCUCCACAAUUGGGUACUAUAAUAAAGGCGGGAUGCCCAGCAGGAGUCUAACCAACGACAUCUGCGCCGUGUGCGGUCAGAGGAUCCUGGUGGACGUGGAGGAGGAAGGCUUCAUAGAGGACACCUACCAGCUCUCCUGUGGACACAUAUUCCAUGAGUUCUGCAUCCGCGGCUGGUGCAUCGUGGGUAAGAAGCAGACGUGUCCAUACUGCAAUGAGAAAGUUGACCUGAAGAGAAUGAUGAACAACCCCUGGGAGAAGACACACGUCCUUUAUGGGCAGCUGCUCGACUGGCUACGAUACCUGGUCGCCUGGCAACCCAUCAUCAUUGGCAUCGUACAUGGGAUUAACUUCACCCUGGGCCUUGAAUAGAGCCUUGUGGAACGCCGCUGUGAGCACAUCUGGAGUUGCACCAGACAUUUAGCGACAAACUGUCACUCUGAGCGCCGAUGGGAGGUUAAGUGGGCGGCUGAACUCCUGUUUCGUCAACUCUUUUUGUUUUCUCAACUGCAGUCGGCUGAAUGCUCACUUGCUUGCACAGUUUCUGCAGAGCCGUCUCAUGUGGUCUGGAGGACUCUGUGAUCCCACCACUGCUGCCACCGUCAACAAGUGUCUAAGCACAGAUCAGUAUUUGACAGGUAUUUUACAAAGAUUUAAGGAGGAAAGGAAAAUUGCUUACAUCACUAAAUACAUGUUACUUUUUUUUAGUUACUGCAUAGUUUACCAUCUCACUAAAGUGUUUUAUGUGGUUUAAUUUUCACACUCCUCUCUGCUGGUUCUGAUGUCACCACUGUCUUAUAUUUGUGUUUUAAACCGGGGAUGUCCUGAGCUGAUCCGGCUCUACUUCAGUGCAUUGACAUUAGGUACAUGCAGAUAAAAAAAAAAAACAUAUCUGGGUCCUUCUAUGAAACUGG